AUGGCCUGUAUUAAGAAAUUGCUCAUUUCAUUGAUCGCCGUAAUUGUAUCAUUACAUUACUAUUGUAAGACUUAUUAUUGUUCCGAUAAUUUCUUACAAGUUUGUCAAUACACUUCUCCAUACAAUUGGAAUGAACAUUUGCAAAAAAACAAUCAAUUCUAUUCCACAAACGUCUCUCCUUUGUUAGUUAAAACUGGUGAGAAUUAUAAUAAAUUUGCCAAGCCUCAUGUUGACAAAUUCUCCUUAAUAUUUGAAGAAAAAGUUUUAGCCCCUGUUUCUGUCAAGGUUGUUGAAUUACAACAAAAACCUUGUGUGGAAAAGGCCAUUGUGAAAUUAAAUAGCUAUUAUAACAUUUAUUUGAAGCCACAUGUGGAAAAGAUCUCUGAAAAUGAACAAGUUAAUCCAAUUGUUUUGAAAGCACAAACUCUUUGGACAAACUCAGAACCUUUAAGAUCUUCAGCUUGUUUGAAAUUGACUCUAUUAAAGGAUAUUUUAGUCGAAAAAUUUUAUAUCUAUCAAAACAUUAUUCAAUCUAAAUUAAAUCCACCAAAAUUAGAUGAUAAAAAGCAACAAGCCAAGAAAAUUGAAACUCCAAUUUCUAAUGUUGUUUCUUCUGAAAAACCUCCUGCUCAAUCAAUGGCUCCUCCAAAGCAUAGAUCUGCCACUGAGGCUCCAACCACCACCACUUUUACUUCUACAAUCUUGACAACAAUGACUACACAUAUCGAAUCAACAAUUGCUUCUGAUGUGGAAGAACAAAAGGAAGAGCAAGCUGAAAUUGUUCAAGAACAAGAAGAAACUGUCCCAGAAGAAUUAUCCAUUGAAGAUCAAUUAAAAGUUUGGGCAAAGACUUUGGAUUCUAAAUACAAAUCCAUCAUUUCUUUCUACAAGACCGAUUUAACUCAAUCCAUUAAUGAGGAUAUCGAAAAUUCUAAACCAACUUUCACUGAAAUUUUCGAAAAUAUGUUACAAGCCACUGAAACUAAAAUUAAAGCUUUGGCCACCUCUUUAAAGAAUUUCGAAGAAUCCACUCAAGAUGAAACCAUUGAAUCCGAUAUUACAAGACAAUCUGUACGUGACUCUAUUGAAGAUAUUAAUGAAACUAUCAAAUCCAACAUCAAUAUCUUACAUGCUAAGAUGAAUGAUUUCAAAUUGGAUAUUGAUAAAAAGAUCGAUGAAGUUAGAUUCGAACAUGUUAAAUCUUUCAAAGAAUGGGCCAAAAAUAUCUUUAGUGAAUGGUCCAGUAACUUAUCAAUUAAAGAUUUGGAAAGUUCAACUGAUGAAACCGAUGUUAAAAAUUGGAAAAGAUUUUUAACUUUGAAGAAAAGAAUUAACAAAUCCAUCAAGAACUUUAAGAAUCUAAAGGAUUCUGAACAAUAUGAAGAACCUCAAGAAAUCGGAGAAUUCUUGGGUCAUAUCGAAUCAAGUAUUAAUACUUUUGAAAAACAAGCUGGUGAACAUUUAUACAUCUUAAGAUCAAGAGCAAAUAUCGUUUUCCAAGCCCUUGAAGCUAAGGAAGCCAAAGAAGUAGAAGAAGAAACAGUUGCUUCCAAAGAUGCUGCUAAGGCUCAAGAUGAAACUGAAGAACCAGUAAAGGAAGAAGUUCAAGAAGAAGUUCAAGAAGAAGUUCAAGAAGAAGUUCAAGAAGAAGUUCAAGAAGAAGUUCAAGAAGAAGUUCAAGAAGAAGUUCAAGAGGAAGUUCAAGAGGAAGUUGAAAACCUCCAAGAAGAAGCUCAAGAAGCUCAAGAAAAUAUCAUUCAAGAAGAACCAGAACAAGUCAAUGUUCAAGCUUGA